AUGUGGAAUUUCAAAUAUAGUUUAGUUUUCAUUUUACUGGGAUGUGGAACAGUUGUAUAUGGUCAAACAAUUGACUGUCAGAGACCGCCUCAGCUAGUGGAUCCUGCACUAUGCUGUCGAGAUGGAGGACGCGAUCAAAUUGCCGAAAAAUGUGCAGAGAAAGUUUUGGGCACAGUAAAUGGACAGCAAAAUAAUGGACCCCCAUCCAUGGAUGGCGCAACCUGCCUGGCUGAAUGCAUUCUCACAACAGCCCAAUACAAACAGGCCCCAAAAACUCUCAACUUGGAAUUCAUACGCAGCGAUUUAACUUCCAAAUUCUCAAAUGAUACGGUUUAUGUGGAGGCUAUGACUUCUGCGUUUGCAAAAUGUGAGCCACAAGCUCAGCGGAGAUUAGCAGCAAUUCAACAAUUUAAUCCAAAGCAACCAAAAUGCAGUCCAUUUGCAGCUAUUGUGCUUGGCUGCACAUAUAUGGAAUAUUUUAAAAAUUGUCCAGCUCACCGCUGGACACAGAGCGCAGAGUGUACACUUGCCAAGACAUUUGUGACUCAAUGCGGCUUGGGUGCUUAG